CCAAGAAGAAACUGGGACAGUGGUAGAAGACUAUAAAAGAAAGCUGGAUAAAAAGAUGCAGCAGCUCUGCUAACUCGAUACCCUGCUUUUGCUGACAAUGGAAGCCGAGGAAACCUGCCAGGAGCAACUAUCACACCAAUGAGCCAGGCCCAAGACAGCAGGAACAUACUGUUUCCGGAGCCACUGAUGUUUGAGGAUGUAGCUGUGAGCUUCAGUAAUGGGGAGUGGCAGAGCUUGACCUACGCACAGAGGCACCUCUAUAAAGAUGUGAUGUUGGAAAAUUACGGGAACAUGGCCUCACUUGGAUUCCCAUUGCCUAAACCUCCUUUAAUCUCCCAGCUGGAGCAAGGGGCAGAGCCCUGCACUGAGGACACACAGGACUGGGAGUUCCCAAGCUGCUCCUACCCAGGUGAGUGAUAGAGAAGCUUUCAGUCCCCUCCUAUGUUCCAUGUGACAAAAUGGUGAUCAAAUUUUCUCAGUGGUGGGGCAUCCAUCCUGAAAGGCCCAGAAGGAAAUUCAUUUAGGAAAGCUUAA